UGUUGACGUCACACGUCACCGGCCUGUACAAAAGGGCGACGCCAUAUUAGAUGUUUGAUUCAGCUAGCUGUCAGUUUAGUGAAAAAAUUGUCAUUUUCCUUAAAUUUCCGAAAACGUUUCAAUAAGUAAAGUGGAAAGUGUUUAAAUUUUAUUUUGUGUUUUGUUGCAAAGAAAAAGCAACAUGACGCAGCAACUGUUACCUAUCAAGUUCCAAGAACAUUUGCAGCUUACCAAUGUUGGUAUCCAUGCUACCAACAUCACGUUCGCCAAUCUCACCAUGGAGAGCGACAAGUACAUCUGCGUGAGAGAAAAAGUUGGAGAGACGUCCCAAGUAGUCAUCAUAGAUAUGGCCGAUACGGCCAAUCCCAUCAGACGACCAAUCACCGCCGAAAGUGCUAUUAUGAAUCCAGCAUCCAAAGUCAUCGCUCUUAAAGGUAAAGCAGGCGUAGAAACACAAAAAACCCUUCAAAUAUUCAACAUAGAAAUGAAGUCAAAAAUGAAAGCCCACACCAUGUCUGAAGACGUAAUUUUCUGGAAAUGGAUCAGCCCCAAUACGUUAGCGCUAGUCACUGAAACUUCAGUGUAUCAUUGGUCCAUGGAAGGUGAUUCAAUUCCACAGAAAAUGUUUGACAGGCAUUCUUCUCUUAACGGCUGCCAAAUCAUCAACUACCGAACAGAUCCCAAACAAAACUGGCUGCUACUGGUCGGUAUCAGCGCUCAGCAAUCUCGCGUCGUUGGUGCAAUGCAACUGUACUCAGUAGAAAGAAAAUGCUCCCAGCCAAUCGAAGGACACGCCGCUUCUUUCGCGACCUUCAAAAUGGAAGGAAACCCUGAACCAUCGACUCUCUUCUGUUUUGCAGUGAGAACUUUACAAGGAGGAAAGUUACAUAUUAUCGAGGUUGGUCAAAGUCCAGCAGGCAACCAAUCGUUUCCUAAAAAGACAGUGGAUGUUUUCUUCCCACCCGAGGCCCAAAAUGAUUUUCCUGUAGCUAUGCAAGUGUCCGCUAAAUACGACGUCAUUUACCUGAUUACCAAAUACGGCUAUAUUCAUAUGUAUGACAUCGAGAGCGGCACCUGUAUCUACAUGAACAGAAUAUCUAGUGACACAAUAUUCGUAACCGCACCCCACGAAGCUACGGGAGGAAUCAUUGGUGUUAAUAGAAAGGGUCAAGUCCUAUCUGUCUCGGUAGAUGAGGAGAGCAUUAUUCGAUACAUCAACACCGUCUUACACAAUGCUGACUUAGCGCUGCGUCUAGCUACGAGAAACAAUCUUUCAGGAGCCGAAGAACUGUUUGUUAGUAAAUUCCAGAUGUUGUUCCAGAACGGACAGUACGCCGAAGCUGCUAAAGUGGCUGCCAACGCUCCAAAAGGAAUUUUAAGAACCCCAGCUACAAUUCAAAUGUUUCAACAAGUCCCGACUCAACCUGGACAAAACAGUCCCCUUUUGCAAUAUUUCGGUAUACUUCUAGACCAAGGGCAACUAAACAGAUACGAAUCUUUGGAAUUGUGUAAACCAGUUUUGUUGCAAGGUCGCAAACAGCUUCUAGAAAAAUGGUUAAAAGAGGAAAAAUUAGAAUGUUCCGAAGAAUUAGGAGACCUAGUCAAACAGGCAGAUCCUACUCUGGCUUUAUCUGUGUAUCUUAGAGCUAAUGUACCUGCAAAAGUUAUCCAAAGCUUUGCCGAAACUGGCCAAUUCCAAAAGAUAGUCCUCUACGCCAAAAAAGUGUCUUAUACUCCCGACUAUGUAUUCCUGCUUCGCCAAGUCAUGCGCACCAAUCCCGACCAAGGCGCAGCAUUUGCAGGGAUGUUGGUAGCAGACGACGAACCUUUGGCCGAUAUCAACCAAAUCGUGGACAUUUUCAUGGAACAAAACAUGGUGCAACAGUGUACUGCGUUCCUGUUGGACGCCUUAAAGAAUAACAGGCCUACUGAGGGGCAUCUACAAACUAGACUAUUAGAAAUGAACCUGAUGUCCGCACCGCAAGUAGCAGACGCCAUUCUCGGCAACAACAUGUUCACUCACUACGACCGGCCCCACGUAGCCCAGCUCUGCGAAAAAGCUGGUCUUUUACAAAGAGCUCUAGAACACUACACUGAUUUGUAUGACAUCAAACGUGCUGUGGUACACACCCACUUGCUUCCAGCUGAUUGGUUGGUUAACUUCUUCGGAACUCUCAGCGUGGAAGACAGUUUGGAGUGCUUGAGGGCCAUGCUGACCGCGAAUAUUCGACAGAAUUUGCAGAUUUGCGUGCAGAUCGCUACCAAGUACCACGAACAACUCACCACUAAGGCUUUGAUCGAUUUGUUUGAAGGAUUUAAGAGCUAUGAGGGUUUGUUCUAUUUCCUCGGCUCCAUCGUCAACUUCUCCCAAGACCAAGAAGUGCACUUCAAGUACAUCCAAGCCGCAUGCAAGACUGGCCAAAUCAAAGAAGUCGAGCGUAUCUGUAGGGAAUCAAACUGCUACAAUCCCGAAAGAGUCAAGAAUUUCCUGAAGGAAGCCAAACUUACAGAUCAGUUGCCGUUGAUUAUUGUCUGUGACAGAUUUGAUUUCGUCCACGACUUAGUGUUGUAUCUAUAUAGAAAUUCGCUGCAGAAAUAUAUCGAGAUUUAUGUCCAGAAGGUCAAUCCCAGCCGUUUACCGGUUGUGGUAGGAGGUCUUUUAGAUGUCGACUGUUCCGAAGACAUAAUCAAAAACCUAAUUCUUGUCGUCAGAGGCCAGUUCUCCACUGACGAAUUAGUAGAAGAAGUAGAAAAGAGGAACAGAUUGAAACUGUUGUUGCCCUGGUUGGAGAGCAGAGUACACGAAGGAUGUGUCGAGCCAGCUACGCACAAUGCUUUGGCCAAGAUCUACAUCGAUUCCAACAACAAUGCCGAAAGAUUCUUGAAGGAAAAUCAAUGGUACGAUUCCCGAGUUGUGGGACGUUAUUGCGAAAAGCGCGAUCCACAUCUGGCUUGCGUUGCUUACGAACGAGGCCAAUGCGACAGAGAACUGAUAGCUGUAUGUAACGAAAACUCUCUAUUUAAGUCUGAAGCUCGUUAUUUGGUCCGUAGACGUGACGGAGAAUUAUGGGCUGAGGUUUUGAACGAGAGCAAUCCUUACAGACGUCAGUUGAUAGACCAAGUAGUGCAAACAGCUUUAAGUGAAACCCAAGACCCCGAAGAUAUCUCUGUUACCGUUAAAGCAUUCAUGACAGCUGAUUUACCAAAUGAGCUCAUUGAAUUGUUGGAAAAGAUUGUAUUGGAUAGUUCUGUGUUCUCCGAGCAUAGAAACCUUCAAAAUUUGCUUAUCCUAACAGCAAUCAAAGCCGAUGCUACAAGAGUUAUGGACUACAUCAACCGCUUGGAUAACUACGAUGCCCCUGAUAUCGCGAAUAUAGCCAUCAACAACCAUCUCUAUGAAGAAGCUUUCGCUAUUUUCAAGAAAUUUGAUGUCAACACCUCAGCUAUUCAAGUAUUGAUCGAACAAGUCAACAACCUGGAUCGUGCUUACGAAUUCGCAGAACGUUGCAAUGAACCGGCCGUAUGGAGUCAGCUGGCCAAAGCGCAACUGAACCAAGGCUUAGUCAAGGAAGCAAUCGAUUCUUACAUUAAAGCUGAUGAUCCUUCAGCUUAUAAGGACGUCGUUGAGACCGCUUCGAAAAAUAAUAGCUGGGAGGACUUAGUGCGGUAUUUGCAGAUGGCAAGAAAGAAGGCCAGAGAGAGCUACAUCGAAUCUGAAUUGAUUUAUUCGUACGCGAAGACCGGAAGAUUGGCUGAUUUGGAAGAAUUCAUCAGUGGACCCAACCAUGCUGAUAUCCAGAAGAUUGGUGAUAGGUGCUUUGACGACAAGAUGUAUGAUGCCGCCAAGCUACUCUACAACAAUGUAUCCAACUUCGCUCGUCUAGCUAUUACUUUAGUGCAUCUAAAAGAAUUCCAGGGAGCUGUUGACAGUGCUAGGAAGGCUAAUAGUACCAGAACAUGGAAGGAAGUGUGUUUUGCUUGCGUCGAUGCCGAAGAAUUCAGAUUGGCUCAGAUGUGUGGUAUGCACAUCGUGGUACAUGCUGAUGAGUUGCAAGAUUUGAUUAAUUAUUAUCAAGAUAGAGGAUACUUUGAAGAAUUAAUCGGCCUAUUGGAAGCAGCAUUGGGCUUGGAAAGGGCACACAUGGGUAUGUUCACCGAAUUAGCAAUUUUGUAUUCCAAAUAUAAGCCCGCCAAAAUGCGCGAACAUCUGGAACUCUUCUGGUCUCGAGUGAAUAUCCCCAAAGUUCUUAGGGCAGCUGAACAAGCACAUUUGUGGGCAGAGCUAGUGUUUUUGUAUGACAAAUAUGAAGAAUAUGAUAACGCUGUGUUAGCCAUGAUGGCUCAUCCCACCGAAGCUUGGCGCGAAGGUCAUUUCAAGGAUAUUAUUACAAAAGUUGCCAAUAUCGAACUUUAUUAUAGAGCUAUUCAAUUUUACUUGGAUUACAAACCGCUGUUGUUAAAUGACCUUUUGUUGGUGUUGGCACCCAGGAUGGAUCAUACUAGGGCUGUUUCUUUCUUUACAAAAACAGGACACUUACAGUUGGUUAAAUCCUAUCUCCGGUCUGUGCAAAAUUUGAACAACAAAGCUAUCAACGAGGCCCUCAACUCUCUACUUAUCGAAGAAGAAGACUUCCAGGGUCUGAGAACGUCCAUCGACGCCUUCGAUAACUUCGACAACAUCGGCUUGGCUCAGAAAUUGGAGAAGCACGAACUGACGGAGUUCAGACGCAUCGCCGCCUACUUGUACAAAGGCAACAACCGGUGGAAGCAGAGCGUAGAACUGUGCAAAAAGGAUAGACUAUUUAGAGACGCUAUGGAGUACACUUCUGAAUCUAGAAAUCAAGAAUUGGCCGAAGAGUUGCUGGCAUGGUUCUUGGAUAGGAAGGCCUAUGAUUGUUUUUCGGCAUGUUUGUAUCACUGCUACGACUUGUUACGGCCCGACGUUAUCCUUGAACUAGCAUGGAAACACAACAUUAUGGACUUCGCAAUGCCUUUCCUUAUUCAAGUAACUAGAGAACUGACGACAAAAGUAGAAAAGCUAGAACAAUCAGAUGCCCAACGACAAAGCGAGGCUGCUGAAGAAACGAACAAGCCAAUGAUGAUACCAGAACCCCAACUUAUGCUAACGGCUGGCCCUGGCAUGGGUAUUCCACCCCAACAGUAUGUACCUCCCCAAGGCUACGCGCAGCCAGGCUACGCCCCGCAAAUGGCUUACCAGGGAUACCCAGGCAUGUAAUAUAAGGCCCCUUUUACAGCCAACUGUAUAGGAAAGUGGAAUUAGUUUUCAAGUUAAACUGAGGAGCUAGUGCUAAGGACAAUAGAGAAGUUAUAACUAAAAAAAUAGCGGUUCCAAUUCGUUUCGUGUAUUAUGAACAACGUUACUUUCUAAAAGAAGAAGAAUAUAUUGAGGAGUUCGUUUUUAAAAUUAUGUACAAGUAGAAGUUUUAAUACUUGGUUAACUAAAAACGUUACAUUUUUUUGAGAUUACAAAUAACUGAAUAAUUGAAAAUAUUACUUACAAUUUUAUGCGAACUGCUCGAUAAAUUUCUCAAAAAUAGCAAAACAAAUAAUAGGUUUAUUGAAGUGUUACAGAAAAUUUAGGCAUUUCCUUUAAAUCAAAUAAAUGUUUCAUUAUUUGUGUGAAAAGUUAUUUAUUAACAUUAUUCAUCUUUUGCUAAAAAACAGUUGAGAUUAUUGCAAAAUGUUAUUGCAUUUUGAAAGUAAAGAUGUAAAUGUGUUACAAAUGAUCUAUUUGUAGUUUUGUCAUCAUUAUGUUUUGUUUUUCCGUCCAUUGUUGAGUAUAUUUCUUCAUAAAUAAAGUAUCAGAUGAUGUUUAUAUAUAAUACAAUAAUUUUUAUUCUUUAAUCGCUUCAAUAUUUGUUAUAAUGUCUUCAAUUUCAACAUAUUGUUUUUUUUGUCGUAUUGGUCUUUUUAGUGUUUCCUGCCACCUCUAACCAAUUAUUAGGCGAUUUUACAUGAGGAUUAAGCCUACAGAUGUCAAAAUGGCGUCAUAUCUAUCGAAUGACAACUGACAGUUGAAGUGUCAUAUUUAAAUUAUGAUCAUACUGUUCCGUCUUUCUUCGUCUGUAAUUCUAAUUCGUUCAUAACGAUCUACCUACUCUUUUCAUUUUUUUUUGUGUAGUUAUUUAGGCAUUUUUAAGUCUACGACUGUCAAAAUAGUGUCAACUGACAAGUUGGAAGUGUCAUACUUAAAUUAUCACCAUUUUAUCCUGACUCCCUUUGUCUUCAAUUUUGAUUUCAUAAUAAUUUUUAUUUCAGUGCCCACUUGAACCUUUUUUUAUAAUUUACAUAUCUCAUAGUCAUUUUUAGGCGUUUAACUUACAACAUUGUUUCCACACACAUUUUCCAGCUUCGAUAUCAGUUAUUGAUUUACAAUAAUUUAAAUUUGCUCCUUUAUACAAAUGUAACAACCCAAUUCCAACCCUUUUAUUAAUUUUCUUUUUGUUUUGAUAAGAUUUAUUUGCAACAAACAAUUCUAGCGAAGGAAGAAUUUCCAACAAGUUAAAAACAAACUUAUUUCAAUUGUCAAACCUUUUAAUUUUCUUUCGAAAUCUUGAUAUUUCUUUCGCUAGAAUAAUUGCCCCAAAUUGAAUUUCAGGUACUUUCCUUCGAGUCAAGAUCUGGUCAUAACCCCAAAAAAGACAGUUGACGUGUCGUGUCAUGACACUGACGUUUGAACACUUCAAUUGUCAGUUGUCAUGGAAGACCGUUGGUAGAGAUAAAAUGACCAAAUUUUCUGUAGCACAUUAUGUAAGCUUAAAGCUUAAAGAAUAAAUGCUUAAACAAAUUCUAGUUAAAUACAAUCAAUCUUGUUGAACUGUUUGUUGUAGUUUUAAUUCAUUCGCAUCAUUUUCGGACAUUAGGCUUCGUUUUGACGGGACACUUGAUUUACUUUUUCAGUUGGAGAAUGUAUAUAUAUUUUUAUGUACUAGCACCCCACUUUAGAAUGUAUAUAAUCUAAAGAAAUUAUUUUGUUUUCCGAGAGAAUUAUCAAUGCGUUCUUUUGUUUGUUUUCUUUUUUUUAGUCCGUUUAUCAUUCCUUUAUUUAAACAUAGAUAUAUGUAUAUGAAGUGACUAUUUAACUUAUAUUAUUAUAUGAAUUAUAUGAAAGUGAUUCUUCAAUGUUUAAUAAAUAACUAAAUUGUUUUUUUUAUUCAUUAUUAUUCUUAUUUAUGUUAAGAUUUUGCGAAUAUAUUAGUAAAUAUAUGUAAAGAAUCGA